AUGUGCAACAACAAUCCAACCAGGGUCGCAUCAGCCAAUUUCGACUUAUUAAAGCAGGCGCUCAGUAAAUUCCUUGCACAACUGGUCAAGGUCUUUUUGUUUGAACCCCUGGAUGGACAGGUGGUAGAUGCGCCCCCCGAACCCUUGUGGGUUUUGAUUUGUUCCCAAAGGGAUGAUUACAUGGCCAUUGUGAAUCAGAUCAUUGUACAGCAACCAGCAGAUAUUCAGUCUAGAUUACUCUUUGCUUUCCAAACCCUUGACCAGGCAACCCCUACUCAAUUGGCGUAUUCUUUGCCUCCUAGUCGGAAUGCACCAAAAUUUAGAGAGGCUCUUUUAUCGUUCCUAAUGGAUGUCCGAGCUGUACUGAGAGUCAAGUAG